AAGGGGAAGAAGCAGGAGCGACGAGGUGGAUCCAAUACACGGGCAAGUCGGCAAAAAUAAUUAAUAGUUAAACUUGAUUAUAUUGAAGUUAUACAGUGACGGACCGCGUUAAUAUUCACAGCAUAACCUGAGGAUAAUAUCAUCAUAAUCAUAAUUCACGCUGUUUUAAUGAAGAAUUCAGCGAUUUCUGGCAAGGGAAUCACUGCCGCUGCAUUGUGGAGGAGUCGAGCUGCUCCAGGAUUUGGAUUUGGAUCUGAAUAAAGAGCAGCAGGACGGAUGAAAGGCGGUGAGAUUCUUUCACCGACACAGAGAGUCAAACAGUUUAUAAACUGAAUGUUGGUGGACUGCGUGGUUUGCCUCGACCCCCCCGAUCCCCCGUGAUGCCCAAAGCAUGGCUGUGUUUAGAAGACAGACUUUCUCUUCGUCCACGUUUCAUCCUGAAUGGGUCUGGACCUGCUCCUGGUGCAUUAAGGACAGGAGGGAAUUUCAGGGAUCAUCAAUCAUGAGAACCUGCCCAGGCUCAAGCCACAGGAUCCAUCCUGAAAAAUCUUCAUCAGAAAGACAAAGGUAACCACAGAGAACAGAAGGAAGACCCAAGAACAAAAGAAGAAGAAGAAAGCGGCUGCAUCCCAUAAAUUAUCCUGCUCAUCUCAUGUACAAGUGAGGAGGAAGCAGGAGGCGAUUCAGUGUGCGACCACAGAACAGGUGUUGCUUUCUGCGUCUGCAUUUUAAAACAAAGUGUAAAAGACGUUAACUGCUCAAAAUUAACACAACAAGCUAAUGGGACUUUCAGAAUUGGACCUUGUGGUUUGACUGAUAGGUGAGACACGUGCAUGACGUGUGUUUCAUUCAUUCACGCAGGUGUUUCCAUGAAGUGAACUGGGGUCAAAGUGUGAACAAGCUUCUCUUGACCCUCUUCGCACCGAGAGAAAACACUUCAGUUCAGUCGAACUGAGCGCCAUGAACGGCUUAAGUCUCAGCCAGGGGUUGCUGCUGCUUUGGACCUUGUCUGUCUUCGCUGAUGCUGCCGCUGCAAGCACAGAACGAGGAGGAGCUGGAAGAAGCCAGAGAAGAGGAGGAGGUGGUGGAGGAGGAGGAGGAGGUGCGGAGAAGAGAAGGAGGUUUCACCGCAUCCAACACGGCCAGUGCAGCUACACCUUCAUCCUGCCGGAGCUUGAUGGCUGCCAGAACGGAGGCUCACCUUCACGGACUGAACAGUAUGGUGGUUCUCGCGGCGGGGCGAGUGUCGUGCAGAGAGAUUCGCCGCCAGUCGAUGCCGAAUGGUCGGCUCAGAAACUGCAGCACCUGGAGAGCACGAUGGAGAACAACACACAGUGGUUGCAGAAGUUGGAGAACGUCAUUCAGCAGAGCUUGAAGCCGGACGUCAGUAACAUCCCGCCGCAUGUCGUUCACAACCAAACAGCCGCCAUGCUGGAGAUCGGAACAAACCUCCUGACGCGCACAGCAGAGCAGACACGCAAACUCAACGUGGUCGAAGCCAAGGUGCUGAACCACACGUCUCGAAUCGAGAUCCAGCUUCUGGAGAAUUCCCUGUCCACCAACAAGCUGGAGAAGGAGCUGCUGCUGCAAACAUCUGAGAUCAGUCAGCUGCGAGCCAAGAACAGUCGUUUGGAGAGUAAGGUUCAGAAGCUGGAGUCUCAGCAGAAGGGCGAGCUGGAGGACAUGAGGGAGGAGAAGAACCGACUGCAGUCUGUGGUCAGGAAUCAGAUGGCGGCCAUCGAGUCUUUGGAGAGGCAGCUGAGAGUCGCCAGCAGCAACAACACGGCUCUGCAGAGGCAGCAGGCGCAGCUGAUGGAGUCUGUGCACACGCUCAUCAACAUGGUGGCUACGACGACAGCGUCACCUCCCAGGAGCCACGUGUGGAGGGACUGUGCAGACGCUCACAAGGCGGGUCACUCUGUCAGUGGUCUGUAUCACAUCUACGUGGGCAACAGGUCUCAACCUGUGCAGGUGUACUGUGACAUGGAGACGGGUGACGGCGGCUGGACGGUCUUCCAGCGGCGAUUUAACGGCAGCGUGGACUUCCAGAGGAGCUGGAGGGAAUACAAGAUGGGUUUCGGGGACGUGUUGGGAGAGCACUGGCUGGGUAACGAAGCUCUGCACCUGCUGACCAGCCAGGGUCAGUACUCUCUGAGGGUGGAGCUGAAGGACUGGGAGGGAAACUCCGCCCACGCCCAGUACGACCGAUUCACACUGACCAGUGAGACACAGCAGUACAGGUUGUAUCUGAGAGGUUACAGCGGCACAGCAGGAAGGCAGAGCAGCUUGGCCACCCACGGGACCGGAUUCAGCACCCGAGACCAGGACCACGACAACUGUGACCACUGCAAGUGUGCCCUGAUGCUCACCGGAGGUUGGUGGUUUGACGCUUGUGGUUUCUCCAACCUGAACGGGAUUUACUACACCAUCGGCCACAACAUCAGGAAGCUCAACGGCAUCAAGUGGCAUCACUUCAGAGGCCCCAGCUACUCCCUGCGCUCCACCUCCAUGAUGGUUCGACCUUAUGACUUCUAACAACACCCCCCCACCCACCCACCUUCACGAUGGUACCACCCUCAGCUAUAGGACCCUCCAUUAUUGUGAUGGUAUGACCCUGCGGCUGCCGGCGCCCCUUUAAAAUGCCACCCUGAUGAUGUGAAACACCCCUCGGCUCCAGCACCGCGAUGGUAUGACCCACAGGUAUGACUUCAGAACUCAUAACCAGAUGGUACAGCCCUACAGCUUCAAACAACACCCCCUUGGCCCUAACAUGGUACAACCCCGACAGCAUCAGCUCCAGACCCCUCUGCCCCACCUUCAUGCUUGGGAAAGUCUAUCUGGAAAUAUUUUUCUCCUCUUUGGGUCUUUUCCUAAUUGACCCUGGAUCCUCGAGGGUCUGAUUAUUAUAGAAAACUUCACGUGUCGGACUCUCUGACACACGCGGCUCGGGAUCGAACCAUCAACCUGCAUUAUGAGGACUGAACCCCAAACAAACGUAGAAGAAGGAGACACGAUAGGUUGUACAAUAAGUGGAGGGUAAAGGUCGUCCCUCUCAAAGACAUUCAUUGUGUUGCGCUUCAAAAGAAAAGUGAGAAAUAGUCGCACACAGCCGGCCCGUCGCUGCAUGAACUGGACAUGAAAGUUGGAUUAAGAAAGUAACCGAAGCUCUUCGCAGCGGCUUCGUGGUGCAGCCUUGUGUGACUUUAAAGCAUCUCUUGAAUCAGACCCUUCAGGUUCCCUCUGCAGUCAGUGGCCAUGAAGGUAAUCUCCUGCAGCAUGUGAACGCCUCCAGUCAGAGUCCGCUCUUCCUUCUUCCACCAGCAUUUUGUGAUGAGUCGUUUCAUACCUUAAAACUUUUCUUUCUGCCAUCAAGUGCAGUUUGUACAACCAGACAAACAUGACAUGGGGAGAGGAGACUUUAUUACACGGACACUGAGGUCGUGAAGCGAACACUUCAGGGUCCAGUCGUGUUUUCGGUCUCUGUGAGGUCACAGUCAGUCUGACAGAAGUGUACAGUAAUAAAGACUUCACGCAAAGUCACUUCAUUAUAAAGACUUUGGUUGACGUUCGAGUCAGUGAAGCCGGUGGUCGGACUUCUGAGGUUUCUGCGUUUUAAUCAGCACUUUGACGUGUGGAUGAUCGAUCUGAGGAUGAGCGUCGACGGUUUCUUCUUCAGACUCAGUGACUGUUGACAACCACAGAGAUGAUUGUGGUUUAAUGGAUGUUUGAGACGGCCAAGUGGACAAAUGAUGGCUCAUGUUAGUCUGCUUACUGUUUAUCAAAACAAACAGACGUGUACAUAAAAAGUAGAAAGUGGUGACUAUUCGAAGGAUGGGUUGCCAGAGGAGAGACGUGUUGUACAGGAAAAGAACGGACUGAAUUUUGUUGAUGGAUCAGUAAUCACAUUUCUGUACUGUUUGCCGUCUGUUGGACAAGAAAGAAAGAAAUGGACAGGAUGAAAAAUGAAACCCUAAAAAGUUCAAGUGAAUCUUUAUGUAGUUGUUUUGUGUUUGAUUUGAAAUCUGGAAUAGAAAGAAGGAAUUAAACAAAAGAAGAAAUCAAACCAGGGAGUCCAGAUUGUCGAGUCCAGAACGUUGCUUUGAUUACCUUCCUCAUCCAAACAACCUGAUUAUUUCCUUGCUGUUUGUUGGACUCGUUGUUUUGACUUAGCAUACACCCUCAUGGCACUCAUACAGACAUUAAAUGAGUUACAGGACAGACUUACAUUAUUCAACGGAUUAGAUUGUCCUUGUUAUUAUCUGAGAUGUGCUUUUCAACAGAGCUGAAGAACCAGGAUUGAAGUGCAGAUUCUUAUGAUCUGGUAAAGUUAACACAAACCAACAACUGUAGAAUGCUCACACAACUAGCAUUAAAGGUGUCAGCGAUGACGUAGAGUACGUACUGUUGUGGUCAACAGUAAAUACGUGACUGCAAAACAAAUAAAAACUGUACUGUCGUGCUAGCAGCUCUAUGAACAGCACUGCUUUGAGCUAAAUGCUAACAGCAUGCGAACAUGCUCACUGUUAUCGUGCUAACAUGUAGCAGGUAGGAUAUCUGCCCUGUUAACAGCCUUAGUUUAGAGUGUUAGCAUGCUAAUGGUUGCUAAUUAGCACAUAACUCAUAGUACAGCUGAGGCUGAUGGGAACGUCAUAACCCAAAGUACUGGAUAUUUUAUACGUUUAACUUAAUGGUGUUAGAGGUUAAGAUUUUUACACUUUAUCCUGACAUGAAUGUCUGUGCAACAUUUCAUGGCAAUCCAUGCUUGCAUUAGCGGUUUUCAUGUGGCAUUAGUGACUGGCUAUUGCAGUGCAGCAUUCUCAUUUAAAUAGCAGUCAGUACAGUUUGCAUAUGAAGCCUAUGAGAUUCUUUGCAGGUUUUUUGUCACAAUAAAGACGCCUGUACUUCACCUUACUGAAAUGCACUUUAUGGGACAAAAAGUGAUGAAGUUUGGGACAGCUGAAGUGUAACCAUCUCUGCUCUCUUUGUCAGUGUUGUUUGUUCUGUGUUCAAGCUGUUUCAGAUGCUGCAGACAUUAGCGUUUUUUUCUUUACUGCUUAUGUGUCCACUCAACUGUAAACAGACUGCAGCAUUUUGUACAAUAAAGUAUGUCAAUAAAGCCAAUCUGAGGUGGUGUUACAGGU